UGUGUGAGCUUGUAAGAAAUUAACUUUUUCACGCUUUUAAACUUAUUUGUAUAAGCCGGCUUGACCCCGACGAUGACACAUCCCGUCGCGGCAAAGGGUCACCCGCGCAAGUAUCCGUUUGUCAACAUGCGCAUAGCGGAUCACUCAGUGCUGGACACAAUUGAGGGCCGUCAUAGUUGCCGGCACUGCAAUCGGUCUCGGAAAUUUUUCUGCUACAAUUGCCACAUACCAGUGGGUGAACUGGGCAGGUUAUUGCCACGAGUAGAGCUGCCCCUCCAAAUAGACAUAAUCAAGCACAAGAAGGAAAUUGAUGGCAAAAGCACGGCGGUGCAUGCGGCAGUGCUCGCGCCGGAUAAUGUGCAAAUCCACACAUAUCCAGAUAUACCCGACUACAGGCAGGAGGAUGGUGUGGUGCUCAUCUUCCCAAGUGCUACGAGUCUCACUGUGCCGCAGCUAUUUCAACGAAAUGUCCAUUUGAAAAUUGAUGACAAUUAUGGCCUGCCCAAGGGCCAUCACAUGGGCACAAUGUUGCGGCGACGCAUGGAUGAAGUUGUUGGAGAAGUAGAAUCGGAACAAAGCUUCAAAUGCUACACAUACGGGAACCUGCCAGUAAGACGGGCUGUUUUCAUUGACAGCACCUGGAAUCAGAGUCGCAGCAUCUACGCAGACGAGCGCGUCCGCGGCCUACGUACUGUGGUUCUCCAGAAUCGCUUGUCACAAUUCUGGCGCCAUCAGCGAGGCAGUCCCCGUUGGUAUCUAGCCACCAUCGAGGCCAUUCAUCAGUUUCUAUUAGAGAUGCAUGUGAACGCAUGGGGUCUUAAUGCAGCAUACCGAGGCCUGGACAAUCUGGAGAUUACGGAAGGCUUUCAUCAGCUGGCAGCGCCUCUCACGCUGGAGGCGCCUACGGGUUGUGUGCAACGCGAAUCACCCUAUAAUGGACAGUACGACAAUCUACUGUUCUUCUUUGCAAAUAUGUAUGAUCUCAUACACAAGUACUACGACCACAACGAUCUGAUAUCGUACCGUCGUCCAAUUUAAGCAAAAUGAGGUGUUAUUAUUUAUUAAAAAGAGUA